AUGUUACAGUUAACCUUUGGAUUAACGUCCGGUUGCAUGGAAAGACGUAGUGUCGUUUCUACAAAGCCGAUGGGACAUCUUGUUUUACCUCUUAAGAUGCAUAAGUCAUCCUCAGUCCACGGCAAGUCUUGUAAAACCCGAUCGGAUUCGAAAAGAAACAGCGAAAUUGCUCAAACUGAUCAAAGUGUACAAGGCGAACCACAACUACAACGAGAACUGUCGAAAUAUAAGCCAUCUUAG